UUCUUAUUAUCAUGUUAUUAGAUGACCUGGGGUUUCAAACCAUAAAUUGUUUAGUCUAGAUAAAUAAAAUGUGUUAAUAUCACCGACCAAAGUUCACAUGCAACUAAAAAAUUUGUGCAUUUAGGAUUUUAUCUGCGGACGUAAUUUUUCCGGGACAUCAUUGAUUCGACCCUCGACCUUCACAGAUUUACGCACAUUGCGAAAUGGACCCCAGCGUAGUAAAAAUCUCAACAACUGGAGGGAUCAAAACGUUCACCCUGUCAUAACUAUCAUUGUGAAAUUCACUACAUGAGAGUAUAUUUGAUAUAGAAUCGUUAAAUGAUAACCUGGAUAAAGAUAGUUGACAUAGUAGAUAAAAAGGAGGUAUACUAACAAAAAGAAACAAAAAGCAGUCAUGACUGAAGAUGGUAUACAUAAUGGGGUUUCAAAUGGGACAACUAGUGAACCUUCUGCACUGUCUGAACCGGAACUGGAAGCCAUUAACGAGACUUGGACUUUGAUUUGGAACGACAAGAAGAAAAAUGGAAUAGAACUUUUUAUCAAAUUAUUUACACAUUUUCCGGAAUCACAGGACUUCUUUAAAGACUUUAAAGGAUUACCUAUUGAGGAAGUGAGAGAACAUAAAAAAUUGCGUGCACACGCAUUAUCAGUUAUGUAUGCCUUGAAAUCAUUCAUCGACAAUCUAGAUGAUGAAGAAACUUUAGAUGCGUUAGUCAGGAAAAAUGCUCAAAAUCAUGCAGAACGAGGCGUAGGCGAAAGGGAAGUAAAGAUGUUGCUUCCAGCAUUUAUGGAACUAUUGAAUGAACAAUUGCAAGAAAAAACGACUGAUUUACAUAAAUCUGCUUGGACAAAAUUAUUUGGUGUUAUUGCAUUAGUUGCUAGAGAAGAACAAAAUCAUUUAAAGUAAGAACACAACCAAUGAAUUGUUCGCUUUUGGAAACCCUAACAAGGAAGUUAAUUGAAGCAACUAGUAACGAGAUAAAUAAUAGAUCAGCGUAUAACCUUUAAACUUGAUCUUUAAAUUUUAAAAAUCCAGCUUGUAGCUAAAGGGGACAAACACAUUGUGUUCCUGCAAAAUGCCUAUAAGAGCCACAAACAUUGACUUAAUGAGAAUUUUCUACAUCCCUUUGCAUGUUUCUAGAAAUGCUUGAUGGAAGCUCCGGAUUUAGGAAACUAUUAUAUUGGUGCAAUAGUUUAAUGUUAUUUUUGUUACCAUAAUACUCUUAUUGUUAUAAGUGGAGGAAAUUUUGUCUUCAUAUGUUGAUUUUUAUACACAAAUUCAGAACGUCAAAUUCAGACUUACUAACCAAUAUGGGACACGUCUAUCUAUAUUAUAAGAAAUUACAACAUCUGUCCUCUGUUAUAAUCUAAUAUAAUGUGAACUUUAAUAAUCUUCACAAAUCUCAUCAGUUUUACAUAGAUGUAUAAUAUGACUGCUACUGCAGACCAUUUUACCUUCAAAGAUUUUCUACAAAAUCAUAUGAAGUAUAUAGUUUAUUUAAACGGAAUAUUGUGAUUAUAUUGUAAGUUGAAAAAUAAUGAAAUAAAAUCAGCAAUUAAUCGAACUACAGGUAUAAAUGAAAUAAGGCACUUGAAAUACCAUCCUUUUGUGUUUAGUCAACCACAAAAUAUUGCAGUAUUAUGCAAAUAACGCCACCGCAUACUUACGUGCAUACAUUAUCUGCCAGAACCAAAUUACCUCAGAUUAGACUGUUAAAGAAUGAUAUUUAUUGAUAAGUUGAGUGAAUUAUGAUUGAUGCGUCAAUAAAUAAAGGCAACAGUAGUAUACCGCUGUUCAAAACUCAUAAAUCGAUAGAAAAAAACAAAUGGUUAUGUUAGUCAA